AUGUCUCAGAUGGAAGUGAUGUUCCCUGUGGAUUCUGAUUAUAAAGACGUUGCCCGGCAAAGAGCAGUGUACGAUGCUAAUAGAGGUAAAACCGGGCGAGUGUGGAGGUCACCGGAGAGGAUCCAACAUCCUCGAGUGACUCUAGUACGGAUGAUGAUAGCGACAUUGACGAGGUGGAGCAGUCAUCCUAUUAUAAGAGUGAUGAGGGAGCCUCCUUAUGGGGUGCCUUGGAGGGCGAAUGUGGAUUCAAGUAUGAAGGUCCAGAGCCGACACGACAUGGAGAUUGGCAGUAUAAAGGCCGAUGCACCGAUUUCUGACUAUAACUGUUACGAAGAUAUCAAUCUCCCUCACAUUGAGAGCAAACUACUGGAGAUUCACUAA